UCAUGGUGACAUGACAUCGAAAAAAUUCCGGCAUGAUAAGCGUGUUUAUCUUGGUGCUUUAAAAUUUGUCCCUCAUGCAGUCUAUAAACUUCUGGAGAAUAUGCCUAUGCCCUGGGAACAGGUUCGAAAUGUGAAAAUACUUUAUCAUAUCACUGGUGCUAUCACAUUUGUCAAUGAGAUACCAUGGGUUGUUGAACCGAUCUAUUUAGCACAGUGGGGCUCAAUGUGGAUCAUGAUGCGAAGAGAAAAAAGAGACCGAAGGCAUUUCAAAAGAAUGAGAUUUCCUCCAUUUGAUGAUGAAGAGCCUCCAUUAGAUUAUGCUGAUAACCUGUUGGAUGUUGAUCCACUGGAGGCUAUCCAACUGGAAUUAGAUGAAGAAGAGGAUUCUGCUGUAUAUACUUGGUUCUAUGACCACAAACCUCUUGUAAAAACUAAGCUUAUUAAUGGUCCUAGUUACAGGAGAUGGCAUCUCUCUCUUCCAAUAAUGGCGACUCUUCAUAGAUUAGCAGGGCAAUUGCUUUCUGAUUUAAUUGAUCGGAACUAUUUCUACUUGUUUGACAUGGAAUCAUUCUUCACAGCGAAAGCAUUGAAUAUGUGCAUACCUGGCGGUCCAAAAUUUGAGCCUUUGUAUCGUGACAUGGAAAAAGGGGAUGAGGAUUGGAAUGAAUUCAAUGACAUAAAUAAGCUAAUUAUUCGUCAGCCACUGAGGACAGAAUAUAGAAUAGCGUUCCCUCAUCUUUACAACAAUAGGCCCAGAAAAGUGAAGCUCUGUGUUUACCAUGUUCCAAUGGUAAUGUACAUUAAGACAGAGGAUCCUGAUUUACCUGCAUUCUACUAUGAUCCUUUAAUAAACCCCAUAACUUCUGUCAACAAAGUUGAUCGGAGAGAGAAAAAGGUGCUUGAUGAAGAAGAUGAGGAAGAUUUCUUCCUUCCAGAAGGCGUGGAACCUUUGUUGCAGGACACCCAACUUUAUACGGAUACUACAGCUGCGGGCAUUUCACUUUUGUUUGCACCUCGUCCAUUCAACACAAGAUCUGGUCGCAUGAGACGCGCCGAGGAUAUUCCUCUUGUAUCAGAAUGGUAUAAGGAACAUUGUCCCCCAUCCUAUCCAGUAAAAGUUCGUGUGAGUUACCAAAAGUUGUUAAAAUGCUAUGUACUGAAUGAGCUACAUCACAGACCUCCAAAAGCACAGAAGAAGAAACACUUGUUUCGGUCUCUUCAAGCUACCAAGUUCUUCCAGAGCACCGAGCUUGAUUGGGUCGAAGCAGGGCUACAAGUUUGCAAGCAGGGUUAUAAUAUGUUAAAUCUGCUGAUUCAUAGAAAAAAUCUCAACUAUCUUCACCUUGAUUACAAUUUCAAUUUGAAGCCUGUUAAAACUCUCACCACAAAGGAGCGAAAAAAGUCACGUUUUGGAAAUGCUUUUCAUCUAUGUCGAGAAAUUUUGCGAUUGACCAAACUUGUUGUGGAUGCUAAUGUUCAGUUUCGGUUGGGAAAUGUUGAUGCAUUUCAGUUGGCUGAUGGUUUGCAGUACACUUUUUCACAUGUGGGUCAAUUGACUGGAAUGUACCGCUACAAGUACCGAUUGAUGAGGCAGAUUAGGAUGUGCAAGGACUUGAAGCAUUUGAUUUACUAUCGUUUCAAUACUGGUCCUGUUGGAAAAGGGCCUGGUUGUGGAUUUUGGGCACCAAUGUGGAGAGUGUGGCUGUUUUUUUUGCGUGGUAUUGUGCCAUUGUUGGAGAGGUGGCUAGGUAACUUGCUUGCACGUCAGUUUGAAGGUCGACAUUCCAAAGGAGUUGCCAAGACAGUCACAAAGCAGCGUGUUGAGAGCCACUUUGACUUGGAGCUGCGAGCCGCUGUUAUGCAUGAUGUUUUGGAUGCAAUGCCUGAGGGCAUUAAGCAGAACAAGGCUAGGACAAUCCUACAACACCUUAGUGAAGCAUGGCGUUGCUGGAAAGCCAACAUACCCUGGAAAGUCCCUGGACUUCCAGUUCCCAUUGAGAACAUGAUUCUUCGUUAUGUGAAAUCCAAAGCUGAUUGGUGGACAAAUGUUGCUCACUACAAUCGUGAACGUAUUCGAAGAGGUGCAACAGUUGACAAGACCGUUUGCCGCAAGAAUCUGGGAAGAUUGACCCGUUUAUGGUUGAAGGCUGAGCAGGAAAGACAACAUAAUUAUUUGAAAGAUGGUCCUUAUGUAACUCCUGAAGAAGCUGUUGCUAUAUACACAACAACAGUGCAUUGGUUGGAAUCUAGGAAGUUCUCUCCUAUACCAUUUCCACCACUAUCUUACAAACAUGAUACUAAGCUUCUUAUUCUGGCUUUGGAGAAGCUAAAAGAGUCUUACAGUGUGGCGGUGAGAUUAAAUCAACUUCAGAGGGAAGAAUUGGGUCUUAUUGAACAAGCCUAUGAUAAUCCACAUGAAGCAUUAUCAAGGAUUAAGCGUCACUUGCUUACUCAGCGUGCUUUUAAAGAGGUUGGCAUUGAAUUCAUGGAUCUGUAUAGUUAUCUCAUCCCUGUUUAUGAAAUUGAACCUCUUGAAAAGAUUACGGAUGCAUACCUUGAUCAAUAUUUAUGGUAUGAGGGUGACAAGAGACAUCUGUUUCCAAACUGGAUUAAGCCUGCUGAUUCAGAACCACCCCCGCUUCUUGUGUACAAGUGGUGUCAAGGUAUAAACAAUUUGCUGGGCAUAUGGGACACAAAUGAUGGACAAUGUGUUGUUAUGCUUCAGACGAAAUUUGAGAAAUUCUUUGAGAAGAUUGAUUUGACCAUGUUAAAUAGGCUUCUUCGCUUGGUCCUUGACCACAAUAUUGCUGAUUAUGUUACUGCGAAGAACAAUGUGGUUUUGUCUUACAAGGACAUGAGCCAUACAAACUCCUAUGGCCUCAUCCGUGGUUUGCAGUUUGCAUCAUUUGUUGUACAAUAUUAUGGACUUGUACUUGACCUCCUGCUUCUUGGUCUAACCAGAGCCAGUGAAAUUGCUGGUCCUCCUCAGAUGCCCAAUGAGUUCAUUACCUUCUCAGAUACUAAAGUUGAGACUCGGCAUCCCAUUCGUCUAUAUUCACGCUAUAUAGAUAAAGUUCACAUAUUGUUCCGAUUCACUCAUGAAGAAGCAAGAGACCUUAUACAGCGCUAUCUGACCGAGCAUCCAGAUCCUAACAAUGAAAAUAUGGUUGGAUAUAAUAAUAAAAAAUGUUGGCCAAGAGAUGCAAGAAUGAGGCUUAUGAAACAUGAUGUCAACCUCGGCAGAAGUGUUUUCUGGGAUAUGAAAAAUCGUCUGCCUCGAAGCAUCACAACACUGGAGUGGGAGAACAGCUUUGUAUCUGUUUACAGCAAGGACAAUCCAAAUUUGCUCUUCAGCAUGUGUGGCUUUGAGGUUCGCAUCUUGCCAAAGAUUAGAAUGACUCAAGAGGCAUUCAGUAACACCAAAGAUGGAGUUUGGAACCUGCAGAAUGAGCAAACCAAGGAGAGAACAGCAAUAGCUUUCCUAAGAGUUGAUGAUGAGCACAUGAAGGUAUUUGAGAAUCGUGUGAGGCAGAUUCUUAUGUCUUCUGGAUCAACAACUUUUACAAAGAUAGUCAACAAAUGGAACACUGCCCUUAUUGGGCUUAUGACAUAUUUCCGUGAAGCAACUGUGCAUACUCAGGAACUUUUAGAUUUGCUGGUCAAGUGUGAAAAUAAAAUCCAGACACGUAUAAAGAUUGGAUUGAACUCAAAAAUGCCCAGCAGAUUUCCUCCUGUAAUUUUUUAUACACCAAAGGAGAUUGGGGGCCUUGGCAUGUUGUCAAUGGGACAUAUUUUGAUUCCUCAGAGUGACCUUAGGUAUAGCCAGCAAACAGAUGUGGGGGUGACUCAUUUCCGGAGUGGUAUGAGCCAUGAAGAGGACCAGCUUAUUCCUAACCUUUACCGCUACAUACAGCCUUGGGAAAGUGAGUUCAUUGAUUCACAACGUGUAUGGGCGGAGUACGCGUUAAAGAGACAGGAAGCACAGUCACAAAAUAGGCGCUUGACACUUGAGGAUCUCGAGGACUCUUGGGAUAGGGGAAUCCCAAGGAUUAACACUCUCUUCCAGAAAGAUCGUCAUACCUUGGCAUAUGACAAAGGUUGGCGGGUUCGCACUGAUUUUAAACAGUACCAAGUCUUAAAGCAGAACCCAUUUUGGUGGACUCAUCAAAGGCAUGAUGGCAAGCUGUGGAAUCUUAAUAAUUACAGAACAGAUGUUAUCCAAGCAUUGGGAGGAGUUGAGGGAAUAUUGGAGCACACAUUAUUUAAAGGCACAUAUUUCCCAACUUGGGAAGGUCUCUUUUGGGAGAAAGCUUCAGGUUUUGAAGAGUCUAUGAAGUACAAGAAAUUAACUAAUGCGCAACGGUCUGGCUUAAAUCAAAUUCCAAACCGUAGGUUUACCUUGUGGUGGUCCCCUACCAUAAAUAGAGCAAAUGUUUAUGUAGGCUUCCAGGUGCAGCUUGACUUAACUGGGAUAUUCAUGCAUGGAAAGAUCCCAACUUUAAAGAUAUCUUUGAUUCAAAUUUUUCGUGCCCAUCUUUGGCAAAAGAUUCAUGAGAGUGUUGUUAUGGAUCUUUGCCAAGUUCUGGAUCAGGAGUUGGAUGCUUUAGAAAUUGAUACAGUGCAAAAAGAAACAAUACAUCCAAGGAAGAGUUACAAGAUGAACAGCUCAUGUGCUGACAUCCUAUUGUUUGCUGCUCAUAAAUGGCCAAUGUCUAAGCCUAGCUUGGUUGCUGAGUCCAAGGAUGUAUUUGAUCAGAAGGCAAGUCAAAAAUAUUGGAUAGAUGUGCAGCUUAGGUGGGGAGAUUAUGAUUCGCAUGAUAUAGAGCGGUAUACGAGGGCAAAAUUUAUGGAUUAUACCACUGAUAACAUGUCAAUUUAUCCAUCACCGACUGGUGUCAUGAUUGGGCUUGAUUUGGCAUACAACUUGCACUCAGCUUUUGGCAAUUGGUUCCCAGGGUCAAAGCCAUUAUUGGCUCAAGCGAUGAAUAAGAUUAUGAAGUCAAAUCCAGCCUUGUACGUUUUGAGGGAGCGGAUAAGGAAAGGUCUGCAACUUUAUUCAUCUGAACCUACAGAACCAUACCUUUCAUCACAGAACUACGGUGAAAUAUUCAGUAACCAGAUUAUCUGGUUUGUUGAUGAUACAAAUGUGUAUCGGGUUACCAUCCACAAAACUUUUGAGGGAAAUCUCACCACAAAGCCCAUUAAUGGUGCAAUCUUUAUAUUCAACCCAAGAACAGGCCAGCUAUUUCUUAAGGUUAUUCACACCAGUGUGUGGGCUGGCCAGAAGCGUCUUGGUCAACUUGCAAAGUGGAAAACAGCAGAGGAAGUAGCUGCCCUCGUGCGAUCCUUACCUGUUGAAGAGCAGCCAAAGCAAAUAAUUGUGACAAGGAAGGGGAUGUUGGAUCCACUGGAGGUCCACUUGCUUGAUUUCCCCAACAUAGUGAUCAAGGGAAGUGAGCUGCAGCUCCCCUUCCAGGCUUGCUUGAAAAUUGAGAAGUUCGGUGACUUGAUUCUGAAGGCCACUGAACCCCAAAUGGUUCUUUUCAACAUUUAUGAUGAUUGGCUCAAAAGCAUUUCUUCAUAUACUGCCUUCUCUCGCUUGAUUCUCAUACUGCGUGCACUUCAUGUCAACAAUGAGAAGGCGAAGAUGUUGUUGAAGCCUGACAAGACAAUCGUUACUGAACCACACCAUAUUUGGCCAUCACUGACUGAUGACCAGUGGAUGAAGGUAGAAGUUGCUCUGAGGGAUCUGAUUCUCUCCGACUAUGCAAAGAAGAACAAUGUGAACACCUCAGCGCUGACGCAGUCUGAAAUACGCGAUAUCAUACUUGGUGCUGAGAUUACUCCACCAUCACAGCAGAGGCAGCAGAUUGCUGAAAUUGAAAAACAGGCCAAAGAAGCAAGCCAAUUGACUGCAGUAACAACCCGAACAACAAAUGUUCACGGUGAUGAACUUAUUGUCACAACGACUAGUCCGUAUGAACAAGCUGCAUUUGGAUCCAAAACCGAUUGGAGAGUGAGGGCUAUUUCAGCCACAAAUCUGUAUCUGCGUGUCAAUCAUAUUUAUGUUAACUCGGAUGACAUCAAGGAAACUGGUUACACGUAUAUCAUGCCUAAGAACAUAUUGAAGAAAUUUAUCUGCAUAGCUGAUCUUAGAACCCAAAUUGCUGGAUAUCUGUACGGUCUAAGCCCCCAGGAUAAUCCACAAGUGAAGGAAAUCCGUUGUAUUGUAAUGCCACCACAAUGGGGAAGUCACCAGCAUGUCAACCUCCCAUCUGCUCUUCCUGAACACGAGUUCUUAAACGAUCUGGAGCCAUUGGGAUGGAUGCAUACCCAGCCAAAUGAGCUUCCCCAGCUAUCUCCUCAGGAUGUUACAUCCCACGCCCGGAUUCUGGAGAACAACAAACAAUGGGAUGGUGAAAAAUGCAUCGUUCUUACCUGCAGCUUCACGCCAGGUUCCUGCUCCUUGACCGCCUACAAACUUACACCCACUGGUUAUGAAUGGGGGCGUUCAAAUAAGGAUACUGGAAGCAACCCACACGGCUACCUACCUACCCACUAUGAGAAGGUACAGAUGCUCCUCAGCGAUCGUUUCUUGGGGUACUACAUGGUUCCAGACAAUGGUCCCUGGAACUAUAACUUCAUGGGCGUGAAGCAUACGGCGAGCAUGAAGUAUGGCGUCAAGCUCGGCGCGCCGCGAGAUUAUUACCAUGAAGAUCACAGGCCUACUCAUUUCCUGGAGUUUAGUAAUUUAGAAGGUGAAAUUGCCGAAUUGGAGAGGGAGGAUAAGUUUUCUUAAGAGUCGAGGUUGAGGGAGUAUUCUUCUUUUCUUCUGUUUGAGGGUGGCAGCCUUUUAGAAUGGAAGUAUGUUGCAUUAGUGUAAAUAAAUGUGCUGAUUUUCGUCUAACGAGCAUGAUGUUUUUGUUUGCCGGCUAUGUUUAUAUAGAUAUUUGGAUUAUACGACUAUAAAGAAUGUGACAUUAAUGGUUUAUUUGGGGUGGUUUCGUCGCUGUU